GCUUGUACACGUAGCCUAGUAGGAUGUGUUCACUGAAGAUGGUGGCGGUGUGUCAGGCUCACUGUACUGCAGAUUUCGUUGCCUGACUUCAGUCUCUUCAGUGACAUCCACUAGAGUGACCUGGUCCUCGGACCUGCUUGCUCUGCAGUCAUGCAGCCCCCUCCUCGGACUGGACCUCCAGGAGCCUCUGGCCCUCCGCCUCCUUCAGGGCCUAAUAUGUUUCGUAGGACGAGGCCUCAUAAGCAUCCGGCAGCAGCAGCCACAAUGCCACCUACAUCUCAUCCCAUGACAGACCCUUUUGCUUUUGUUAGAGCUCCUCCCCCUAUGGCUGCAGGUGGUCUCCCGACAAUACCUAACAGCAACCCUCCACCAAUGCAAGCCCCGCCUAACACCAUGUACUCACAAGCAGGCUCUGGGUUGCCUUCACAGCCACUGACAUUGGAGAAUGCCUCAGCUGCUAUCUCUGGUCCCCCACCAUCCUCACUUCCAGGGGUGACCCUGUUCAACCCUCACAGUACAGCAUCUCCAGGUGUUUACCCAGCACCCAGUCAUGUGGGGUAUCUACCCUCACACAGUGAACAGAGCUAUUUUAAUUCAACUGAACAGACACCAUCAAUGGGGACGGAGCCUUUACCUGGGGCCUCAGCCUCAGUAACACAUCCAACACCUUUUAAUCAGGACUUUACAGGACAGCCACCUCAGCCUGUGCCCUUCCAGCCAGUGCCUCCCACCACUUCAUCAUCCCAGUGGGCCCCUGAUCAUGGGAGUCGCCCUCCAUCAGUUCAGAACUAUUUCCAGCCUACUAGUGAUCCUCCACAACAACAUUUUAAUUUACCUUCACAGUCCCAGAUGUACCCCUCACACACCCCAUCACCACAUCACAAUGCCCCCACCCCACCAACACAACCUGGACACCCCCAGGCCCCUCCUCCUCAGAAUCCUGUAAAUGCCCCUAGUUCUCAAUGGCCUGACCCCAAUGCAGCCCAACAGCAUAAUUCACACUUCCAAACUCAGAGUUACUUCAGUCAGACUUCUGCCCCCCAGGACUCAUGGUUCAACCAACCACCACAGGAUCCAGGCUACCACCAAAUGGGGACUAGCCUUCCUAACCAUCCUCAGCCACGACCCGAAUCUGCCGGAUCUCAACAUGCUUCGAAUGCUGGGCCUAGUUCUGCAUCUGCCCCCCUCCCAUACCCUCAGGAGUCUGGGGCACUCUCAAUGUUCUUCAAAGACAAUGAUGUAGAAAAUGAGGAAACACUUGCUGGAGAUAGAAAUAAGGCAAUGAAUGGUGUUCCUGGAUCCUUUCAGCAUCACAGUAACCCACACGCCUACAGUGGCAAUGCAGAUGGUCCUUUGGAUUACCAAGGACCUUCUCUGCAAGAUCAGUCACAACUACCAAACUUGAAUUAUGGAAAUCAUGCAACCCAGAAGCCUCCUGAGUCCCAGUAUGACCAUGUUGAGAAUUUGGAGUGUGUCCCAAACCUGGAAGUGUUACCCAGUGACACCCCUGCUAGCCCUGCUGCUACUGCAGCCCAUGGAGCAGACCAGUUUGAAACUGGGCCCAACCUGGAGACUCCAGAUUCUGUUACAAGACCAAUGAGAUCGGCCAGUGUGUCGUCCAACUACAGCAACAUGAGCCAUGGGAGUGGAACCAGCGGCCGGCGGCAUCAGGGAGUCGUGGGUACCUUUAUUCAGCAGGAAAGUCCACGUCUCACUGAUGAAGCUAACCUGUCUGCUGCCACGGGAGGCUACUUUGAGCAGAUUGACUCUUCUCCAGCUGGAGAUAUGGGUGCCAGACAGAGCUCCCUGGAGCAGAUGUGGCAUCCAACACCAAGCCCUCCCAAACCAACUGGUAUCUUUCAGGCUAGUGCUAACAGCUCUUUUGAACCUGUGCGCUCACAUGGGGUUGGGGUGCGUCCUCCUGAAGUUGACAAAGCUAAAAUGGUAGCUGAAGGGGGUGCAGAUUCUACACCUGGCAACCUGGAGCAGCCACCUGACAAUAUGGAAAAUAUUUACAGCCCUGGGCACCCCCUGCCUGCUGUGGCUGCAGGCUCUGCACCCCAUACACACCCAGUGGUUCCUGCUCAGUCCCGUCCUUCAUCCCGUGCUUUUGGGAUGAAUCGGCCCUGUGAAAGCCCUGCCACUACUCUGUGGGCUCAGAAUGAUCCUACCAGCUUGAGCGCUAACAUCCUCUUGGCUCCUGCUGCCCCCACAGUUCUUGCCCCUUUACGUGAGCCAAGUGCUGAGGUCAUACAACCUCCAGAGGAUGGCCCGCUAGACUUGCAGCCCUCCCUGAGAGUCCAGCCAACGUCACAGCAACACUCAGAGAACCUAGAGAACCCACCAAAGGUGAGUGAGGCCGAACCAACUGACUCGCAAGGCAAUCUUGGCUAUGCGUCUCUCCUUGUGUGUGACUCGCUCCGCCAGCCUGUUUUGAUUGCCCCACCUGUGUCCAAUUACAGCGUGAUUCCCCCCAGUACCGCUGCUCAAACAGCCAGUCAAAGUAGCCUUAGGGAAACUACCCCACCUGCGAGAUCACUCGCACAGGGACAUGGUGCCAGUACCUCCCAACCGCCUUCAUUAACCUCUAAUCAGAAUCCACUGUUUUUCCCUGGACCAAUAAACUUUAGCGCUUCAGCCUCUAACACAGGCCCGCUCAAUCUGACCCGAGACAACACAGCAGCGACUCUGUCAGACCUCACAGCUCCACCACAGCCUCAGCCGGUCCGCCCUCCUCUUUCCAGGGGCCAAUCAGUUGGUGGGGACAGCCAAGCUGCUCUCCAAGUUAAUCCACCAGCUUCUCUUGUGACUGCUACUGUCUCUAAUCAUAAUCAGCCGUCAAAUUAUGAACUGCUUGAUUUUUCUAUGCACCAAUCACAGCCCCAAAACCAAGCAACUGGCCAUCCCUCCUCUCUACAUGAGUCUCCACAAUCUAGUAAUGGAUUUUACCUACAGGUCACCAAAGAUGCUCAGCAAGGGGUAAGAGUGAAAGGGAAUGCCCCUGUCCAGACCCAGGCCUCUUCUUCCACCCCACAGGUACCACCAGCAGCCCUCCAAGUAGCUGCAAGCACCCAGUCGCCACCAGCAGAACCACCGAAAAGAUCCGAUUCUCAGGUUGCUCUGCAGGCACACAACGAUGCUCCUGCUGUGCCAGUUAGUGGGGUACCACCCUCCCAUGGCCAGUAUCAAAAUCCGGCACAGGGGCCUGCUGACGGGGCUGCUCCGCCCCCAGGGAAUAUGCCUCCUCCUGCUGCCGCCAACCCUCCUGGGCCUCGAGGUCCAGUACCUCCAGGAGCUCCUCAGCCUACCCCUGCAGAGCCGCCUCGACCGCCUUCAGCUGCAGGCAGUCAGCAGGGCUAUGGACCCCCUCCUCCAGGGCCAGGGCAGAUGUAUGGUGGCUAUUAUGGUAAUUAUGGAGAAUACCCUGAUAGCAGAGCACCAUAUCCUCCUGGCCAGUACCCACCUCCCCCUGGGGAUCCUAGAGCCCAGCAGUAUUAUCAAGAUGGUCAAUACAGGAACAGAGCUGAUCCUUGGUAUGGUAGAUAUGAGGGGCAGGCCCAAGGUUAUCGUGAUCCAAACUACCAGUACAGAGAGCCUCAACCAGACCGACCCAACUCCAGAACCAGCCAGUACUCUGACAGGCCCUCAUCUCGGCAAGGCUAUCCUGAAGAUUACCAGAGAGCAAACCAAAGUGCCUACAAUGAUUAUUAUGCAGAUUACGCCAAGCACUAUGAUUAUGCAGGCUACAACUAUGGACAGUAUGACCCGCGGUACAGAGGAUACUACGACCAGGCCUACUGGGCAAAUUAUGAUAACAGCUUCAGAGGCAGAGACUACUAUAAUCAACAGGCGUAUCCUCCCAGGAAAGAGGGCUAUGACGAUCAGUGGCGAUACUAUCCUGGUUAUGAUGCAAGUUUUGACGACGAUUACCGUCGUCGUGGUGGUGAAAUGUACGGGGAUGAUUUCGACCGACGCAGCGUCCACAGCGAGCAGUCGGCACACAGCGUGCACAGCUCCCACAGUAACCACAGCAGACAGAGCAGCUUCAGCUCACGCUCACAACAGAGCCAGGUAUACAGAAGCCAGCCUGAUUUAGUGUCUGCAGUAUAUGACACAACAGCAUCCACUCUGGCUGCGGACUACUCCUAUGGACAGUACCCGAACCAGACUGAUGCGUCCCAGAACUACAGCCAGUACCUCUAUCCCUCUGAGUACCCCACAGAAAGCACCUGGAUCACCCCUGAGCAACCUCCCCCUCGUCCUGUGACACCAGAGAAGUUCUCCAUACCCCAUCGAUGUGCCCGCUUUGGACCUGGUGGUCAUUUAGUCCAAGUUCUACCUAAUCUCCCUUCAGCUGGGCAGCCUGCGCUCGUUGACAUCCACAACAUGGAGACCAUGCUGCAGGACACCCCAGAUCAGGUAGAACUGCGAGCCUUCCCUGGACCUCUUGUGAAAGAGGAGACCCAUAAGGUGGAUGUGAUCAAAUUCUCCCAGAACAAGUCGUUGGAGUGCUCACGUGAUAAUGAUCUGCUGGACAAGGACUCUGCCCUCCUGCUCUGGGACUUCAUCAUGCUGCUCUGUAGACAGAACGGGACUGUGGUCGGCACAGACAUCGCUGAUCUCCUGCUGAAAGAGCAUCGCUCUGUCUGGCUGCCGGGUAAAAGUCCCAAUGAGGCUAACUUGAUUGAUUUCAACAAUGAGCCGCUGGAACGAGCUGAAGAAGAACCGGGUGCCAGACCGCUGUCCCUCCUAUCUGACACCUUCUUGACCGUCCCAGAGAAUGUUGGCAAGGAAACGGAACGCUUCAGGGAGCUGCUGCUGUUUGGUCGCAAGAAGGAUGCACUGGAAGCCGCUAUGAAAGGAGGUCUCUGGGGCCAUGCCCUGCUGUUAGCCAGUAAAAUGGACAACAGGACGCAUGCUCGGGUCAUGACAAGGUUUGCAAACAGUUUGCCCAUCAAUGACCCUCUUCAGACGGUGUACCAGCUGAUGUCAGGAAGGAUGCCUGCAUCAGCCACUUGCUGCGGAGAGGAGAAGUGGGGUGACUGGCGCCCUCACCUGGCCAUGGUGCUGUCAAACCUCACACACACCCUGGACCUGGACACUCGCACGAUCACCACCAUGGGUGACACUCUCGCUUCCAAGGGGCUGAUCGAUGCGGCACACUUCUGCUACUUGAUGGCCCAAGUUGGUCUGGGAGUUUUCACGAAGAAAAGCACCAAGAUGGUUCUGAUUGGCUCAAACCACAGUAUGCCCUUUUAUCAAUUUGCAACAAAUGAAGCAAUCCAAAGGACUGAAGCUUACGAGUACGCCCAAUCUCUGGGCUCCCUGCCGUGCUCACUGCCCAAUUUCCAGGUAUUCAAGUUGAUCUAUGCAUGCCGAUUGGCUGAAGCAGGCCUCAGUGCUCAGGCCUUCCACUACUGUGAAGUCAUCUCUAGGAACGUCCUCAUGCAGCCUUCCUACUUCUCUCCUGUUUUCAUAAGCCAAAUCAUACAGAUGUCUGAAAAGCUGAGAUUCUUUGAUCCUCAACUGAAGGAGAAACCUGAGCAGGAGCUGUUCAACGAGCCUGAGUGGCUGAUUCACCUAAGAAAGCUGGAUGGACAGAUCAAGACCGGGGUCAUUUUGUACAAUACAGACAGAACAACUCCUACACAGUUUGAAUGCAGCAGCAGCCCCAGCUCUGACUUGGACCAGCACAGUCCACCUGAACCAUACAACAACAUACCUGUGGAGUUUGAUGGCCACACCCCUGACAACCCAUUAAUGAGCUCAUUACUUCCUGGAACUACACCACAGGGAGUACAGCUGAUGCCUCCAGCCCCAGCCCACACUUCUAUCCUCCAUGACGGGAUGGUCCCCCAUCAGCCUGUACCACAGAAUGAAGCUCCCCAGUUCUACCCAGUACCCCCCACUGGACAACCAGGCCACUUCCCUGUCUCAGGAUACCCUCCACAGGACCCCACCUUUGCCCCUCCUCCUUUCCAGCCCCAACCGGAGCAGACAGAGAUGUAUCCAGGCCCCCAUCAACAGCCUGCUCCAGCACCUUCUCAAAUGGUCCAGAUGUCACCACACAUGCCCCCCCAGGUGCAGCAUUCGCCUGUACAGAUGAACCCUCCGACACUCCAGAUGCCUCCGCACAUGCCCCCUUCUCCUGGGCACAUGAGUCAACAAAUAUCAUCCUCUCCACCAAGAAGCUCUCUCACACCUCAGGAUGACUUCUAUGACAAAAUGGCUCACAUGGGUCCAGGAAGGCGAUCAAGGACCACUUCACAGUCUUCAAUGAAUAUGGGUUCAGGACGGCGUUCUCGCAACAACUCUGUAUCCUCCACUCACUCUGGAGGAAGAGAGCGGAGCAACUCCUUCAAGCAGGCCUCUCCACCGCCACCUUCGAUCCCCGAACAGCCUCGCAAAGAAGAAGUGAAACAGAUGAGGAAAGACUCCCCGAAAAAGAGUGGUCUUGGUGGCUUGAUGAGGUGGAUCUAUGGGAAGGGAAAGAAUGAGGCUCACUUACCAGACGACAAAAACAAAUCUAUUGUUUGGGAUGAACAGAAGCAGAGAUGGGUGGACAAUAACGAGCCUGAGGAGGAGAGCAAACCUCCUCCACCACCUCCGUCUGGUUUCCCCAUGAUACCUCAGAUGCCUGCUGCCCCCCCUGGAGGCAUGGCAGGACCCCCAGGUGGUGGUCCUCCUGUAAACAUGUUUUCCAGGAAGGCAGGCACGAGGAGUAGAUAUGUGGAUGUUCUAAACCCCAGUAAAACAACAAAACCAGCUGGAUUAGCCCCUGCUCCGGCAGAUAUCUUUGCUCCUUUGGCACCAAUGCCCAUGCCUGCAAACCUAUUUGUGCCUAGUUCAGCUCCUGACGAUCAGCAACCUUUAGAGGGCAGUGAAGGAGGAAACCACGAGCAGAAUUCACCAAACAGCAGCGCUGCUCCACAGAUGUUCAACCCGACGUUGUUACCACCUGCUCCAGAAGGUCCUCCUGUGCCUGACGGCUCACAGUCUGGAGAGCUCUCACGUUCUAGCUCAAUGAGUUCUUUAUCACGCGAAGUGAGUCAGCAUUUAAACCAGAAUCAUCCUGCCCCGGUAGCUGCACCCACUGGAGGCGUCACUUUUUAUAACCCCGCACAGUUUGCACAGACUAGUGCACCAUCAGGAGGUGCACACCGCUCUAGUCGACUGGGCGGCCAGCGCCAGUACCCAGUGUUGAAGUAAACGCCAUCUUGCAGAGAGAUUGUGUAAACAGACUUGUUAAAUAGAGUGAUAUCCUACCUGGAAGUAAAUGAAGCACAUGGACAAACUGCAAUCCGUCUAAAGGACCUUUCUUUUCUGCCUGUACCUAAGAAGAACAUAAUCACAGUCUCCAUCAUGUUUAUUCUUCAAAGAGCUUAAUCACCCUUUCAUCUGUUCUCUUGGUUCAGUAGUUGUCACUGGUGAACAGCGUUUUCUUGAAGGGCUUUCUCCUGCAUCCAUACAGAAAACAGACAGUAGUAUGACUUUUAACAAACAUUUAAAGGUUUAUCCGAGGCGCGUUUAUACAUAAAAGUGUACAUUGCUGAAGGCAUAAUUUAGUGAACAAUAAAUAUGUUGCUCCUCAAGGCUGUCCAGCUUCCCCUCAAAGUGACACAGUUGUCAGAAUGAUCAUCGCAGGUCCUGUUUUAGGUGUCUCUGUGUGUCUAAAAUCCAAAUGUAAAUGUUUGAUUGAUUGGUUGUAUGUGUGAUGGAUCGUGGAAAGCGGAGUCUUUUUUCCAUUUCAUUUCUAUGUGCAUUUGCGGCUUUUCAGAGAACUUCUGUCGACUUGAGAGAGAAGUCCUCUGACCAGGAUAGCAUUUAGUGUGAGAAUGAAUUGUGUCAAUGUGCAUUGUCUGCUGUGAUUUUUUUGUUGUUAGCUUUUCUUCAGGCACCCUCCAUUAAAGAGAGGGGUGUUGGUUGACACAGGUAAGAUACGUAUACUGGCUUAAUAACCCUGAUUUGAGAUAUUUAUUUAAUGUCUUGAUGUCCUGCCUGCCCAUCAUUAAUUUUUGAGUUCAAGGAUGCAGCAGGGUCUUACGUCCAAGUAAAGCUUCAACUCUCCAAUGAGAAAUGUGAUGGAAUCAGUGAGACAACCAGGUGGUUUUCAGAACAGGAAGAAUUGGGAUUAAAAUUGCAUUUUAAAUGUCACUAAAAUAAAUCUAUCCAAAUAUGUGUAUAUCAGAUUGAUUGUAUUUAUGAACUGUAGGUAUAAAAGUGUGUCUGUGUGUGUGUGUGUGUGUGGAACAACAACUAAUUUUUCUGAUUAGCUUUGAAGAAAUGCAUUUAUGAUCCACCAGAGAUGAUGUUGAUUCAUAUUCUUUAUCAUUUUUGUUUGCUACUGCAGACAAAUAAAACUAUCUAAAUUGUGAGAUGAGAGCUAAUUGUACACUUAAUACUUCCACGUCAUUCUAAUUUACUGAUUUGAUUUGUUUUUUCAAUCAUUUGUCAUCCCAAAUGUUUAUUAUUUAGUAAUUUUGUUGACAGAAGGUUAAGAUUUUACAAGGUCCCCUUUUGUUUCAGAGAACGAAUUGUUUUCCCCCAAUGUGUAAGAAUGCACUCUGUAAAGUUCUUGACAGGAAUACAUAAACAUUGAAAGCAAAAUGGUAAUAAAGUUAUUUUUUGCGCUCUGUAGCACUUUGAAAGAAA